CGGACAAAAUUUCUGCGACUACCUUUUAUCCGUCGGAGCGAUUACCUUUUAUCCCUCCGCUCCGAUGAUUGCAAUCGCGACACCGAAAUCUUGUUAAGAGAAAUUUUAUCCCUCCGAACGCUGGAAUUUGUUAAGAGAAAACGCUGGAAUCUUGUUAAGAGAAAACACCCUACACUUGUCCAAACUCCAAACAGAGCUCAAAACUACUCUAUAAAUUGCUCUGCGUUCCUCCAUUUGUAUCUUGUUCUUAUCAAUCUAUUUCUCUCUUCCUAUACACAAUCUCACUCUUCCAACUUUCUCGAUUAUUUCCCCAAAAUCUUCAAUUUGAUUUGAUAAAGAUUUUGGGUUGAAUUAAUUAAGAAUUAGAAAUUCUUUAAUAUUUUUGUUGAAGAUGAAGGAUAACAAGGGAAAUCCAUUACGUCUCUCUUCUUUGAAUCAUAUCUCGCUUGUUUGCAAAUCAGUUGAAGAAUCUGCUGAUUUUUAUCAGAACGUUCUUGGCUUUGUGCCAGUUAGAAGGCCCGGUUCAUUCGAUUUUGAUGGCGCAUGGCUGUUUGGUCACGGGAUUGGGAUACAUCUACUGCGAUCAGACGAUCCAGAAAAAAUGCCCAAGAAAACUGUGAUUAAUCCCAAAGAUAAUCAUAUUUCUUUUCAGUGCGAGAACAUGGCGAUGGUGGAGAAAAAGCUGGUGGAAAUGGGGAUUGAUCUGGUGCGGCAGAGAGUAGAGGAAGGCGGGGUGUACGUGGACCAGCUGUUCUUCCACGAUCCGGAUGGGUUCAUGAUCGAGAUAUGCAAUUGCGACAACAUCCCCAUGGUACCACUGGCUGGGGAAGUUGUACGCUCGUGCUCGAGGAUCAACUUGGAGCCGCAGCAGAUCCAUCUCCCCGUGGUACAACCGUAGGAAGCUGGGGGUUGUUUGGACUUGUACGUCAUAACAAAUCCGAUUUGGCCAACCUUUUUUUUUCUUUUUUUUUUGUCUGCUUGUUAUCUUCUUCACUUUGUUCUCGUCGUAAUAAGAUGCUUUAACCGUUUGGGAAUUCCAUUUUAA